UACUAUGCACCGGGAACGUCGUCCUUGCCAAACUUGGUGCUCCUGGAGGACCACUCAAGCUGCCCUACGAUGAACCAGAUGCUUUUCAGGUGAUGACAUUCUAUAAAGAUGCUGUGGCUAUUUCUGACUCUGACAAUGACACCAUCUUCGAGUGCCUUGCAGCUCACCGCAUAAACCUUGAUUAUGAGGCAGGAACAGCCACGUACACCUGGACCUUUAAUGAAGCAGGUGGAUCGUCCAAGCCCGAAAUCUUGUUCCAAGUGACGCGUGGGCCUUCACCUGGAAUAAUAAAUAUGAUUGGGAGUGAUGAUCCGUCCGUAAAGGAAGCCAAACUGUACUACGCUGACGACAAAUGCGUUGUAGCAGACGUUGAAUAUAAUGGACACCAGUGCAUCCUCUGGACGCAGCGACGUCUGAAGGACACAGUGCCGCAAGUGUGCAUCGACCACUUUGUCGACACGUGCGGCGUUGUCGUUGCUCCCCAUAGAAGAGACCUGUGCGAUGACGGCGAGGGUGAUUACUAGAGUACAAUCAAG